AUGGAGGUCAGACGGCGUCGCAUUGCGCCUAACAAUACUGAGCAACAAAGGCCUUUAGAGGUGCUACAAAACCUAGAUGUUUUCACAAAACUUCCAGAAGAAUGUGAAAAGUCUACUAGUGGUGGCGGAAUAGAUACAUCCCUCGAUGUUUACGAUAAUACUGGUUUAUCUAUGAAAUCAAAAGGACAAGUUCACUAUCGUGAUACUGUUUACGAACUAGACGAAACGCAGCGUCGUCACUUUGAGGUAAGGCUUUUAAACUUGUGA